CUCCUGAAGUUAUGGGGGGCUUUGGUUCCUGAUGAAGAACUUGUGGCUCGGAAAAGUAAGCAGUGGCAAUACAUCGGUUUUCAGGGAGAUGAUCCAGCGACCGAUUUCCGGGGUAUGGGUGCUCUGGCACUUGACCAACUGGUUUUUUUUGCGAGGUAUGAUGUCGAUGAGGCCCGGGAUUUAUUGGAGAAAUCUGUACAUAAAACCACUGGGUAUGAUCUCUCAUUGUUACCGACUUGAAGGGGUUUGAUG